AUGGAAAGACGAGAAAGUUCUCUAUCUGUAAAAUAUAUUUAGAAUUAUGAAAUGAUUUCCCCUCUUGGCAGAGGAGCUUACAGCUUGGUUUACAAAGUAAAAGAUCGUCGAACAAACGAACACUUUGCUUUAAAAAUCAUCGAUAAAAUGAAAUUGAAUCAGCAAAGGCUUUAUAAGAGGCUACGAAAUGAAGUUUCUCUGCAGUCUCAGCUUAAUCAUCCUUGUAUAGUUAGGCUCUAUGAUUAUUUUGAAGACCAAGAAAACGUUUAUUUGCUGCUUGAAUUAUGCUCAGGAGGAGAACUAUUCACCUAUUUAAAAACAGAGGGGAAAUUAAGCGAAUUAGAGACCCGCACUCUGAUUUCUCAGCUCGUUGAUGGGAUUUCUUUUAUGCACUCUCAAAAUAUUCUACAUAGAGACCUAAAGCUUGGAAAUCUCCUUCUUUCUGAAAAUAAAACACAAUUAAAAAUAGGAGAUUUCGGAUUAGCUGUAAAAUUAACAGAUUUCGAAGAGGAGAGGAGCACAUUGUGUGGGACCCCUAAUUACAUAUCGCCUGAAGUCGUUUCUCGAAAACCUUAUGGAUUGUCAUCUGAUUUGUGGUCUUUAGGAUGUAUUGUAUAUGCAUGUCUUGUAGGAUAUCCACCAUUUGAAAGUCCUAGUGUUCAAGAAACAAUGGUGAAGCUGAAAGAUAUGCAGUAUGCCUUGCCUGAGUUUUUGUCAACUGAAGCAAAAGAACUAAUUAAUUCACUGCUAGCUUGGGAUCCUAAAGACCGAAUAAAUAUUCAACAAGUAAAAAACCAUCCAUUUAUUAAAGGCAAUAUUAAAAAAAGCAUUUCAGAUUAUGUAGGAAGAGGAAUAAGCCCUAUUCCUUAUAUCGAAUCUGACUGUAGUUAUUAUGACUAUAUAGAAAACCUUAAAUCUCCUCAGCCCCCACGAUCUCAAUCAAGAUUAGAAAUAUCAAGAAGGACAACUCGUGUAUCACAAGGAAAUUGCUGCACCCCGACAUUAAGCAACUCAAGACGAACCCAUUCUAUAGGAAACAAAGAAAAUUUGCCUCCAAGCCAAGAAAUCAAAGAAAAUGCAGAGGCAAAAAUCACUCCGCUGAGCACAAAAAAUCUCCCUCCAAUUAAGCAUAAAUUAAAAAACGGGGAAUUAGAAAUCGGAGAAGAUGGGUGGGUAAGGGUUUUUAUUGGCAAAAGAAAACUAGAGAUUUCUGGAGACGGGCUAACAAUUUUGUAUAAUGGCCAUAUGCUUCGUUUAAAAAACAUGAGACGGACCCCCGCAAAGUUAUAUAGUGCCUUGCUAUAAUUUUGGAAGGCCUCUGGCAUGCGAAGCCACUAUAUCUCUCAGCUUUCACAUGUGGAAGCAUUUCUGGCAUCCCCAAAAUUAUAGCAAGGCGCUAUAUCAGUUAGCUGUAAAUUUUAUUGAAAUUGUAAAAACAAAAACACCAAAAAUUAAAAUUCAAGAAAAAAAUGCAGUAUGCAUGCUGAUGAGGAAUACUCCUUUUCCUAACUAUGAAGUUGACUUUGACAAUGGAGUUAGGGUCACUUUUCAGGUCGGAUCAGAAAACUUUACAGUUUAUCAAUUAGACGGAAAAGAAAUUUUGGUAAAUCCCUAUGAGGAUUUAAAUCACUUGAACAAAGACCUCAGUUCAAUUAUUGAAAUUAGCAUGGAAGGGCUAAAAAACUGUCUGGCUAAAGAAAGAGAACUCUCUUCAUCAUUUUAA